AUGGCGACGGGGUGUCAGUUCUUUGUCUGCCUGGCUUUGGCCGCCGUCGUCGGCGCCGUGCUAGGGCUCGGCGAGGAUAUGGACCGGCCAAUGUUCGGCCCUCCAGGUUCAGCCAUCCGACUAAAGGAGACCGACCCCGGCUUGAAGAAGGCUCUGCAGUUCGCUCAGGAGCGCUACAAUUUGGGCUCCAACGCGAUGCACCUUCGCAGAGUCAGCAAAGUCAUCUCCGCCACUAAACAGCUGGUCAAGGGUAUCCGCUACACUAUAACAGUGGAGAUGAGUAAUACUCAGUGUAAGAAAUCUGCCAUGCUUCGGACUUGUGACUUCUAUCCCGAGUCACAACAACUUAAGACUGAGAUUUGUUUGUUUGAAAUCUGGGACAUACCCUGGCAGGCAACUUCUACUUUAAUCAAGCAGAAGUGCCAACCACAGUCUGUAUCAGAAGAAACAACUACAGUUGACAACGCUUCCCCUGACCAGCUUGUGGAGCUUCUGGGCCUUUUCAAAGACUUCAUGGUUAAAUACAAUAAGGUUUAUAGCACCCAAGAGGAGACCGACCGCCGCCUCCAGAUCUUUCAUGAGAAUGUUCAGAUUGCCGCAAGAAUCCAGUCUUUGGAUCAAGGAUCUGCAGAGUACGGCAUCACCAAGUUCAGUGACCUUACUGAGGAGGAGUUUCGCUCCACGUACCUGAACCCACUGCUGAGCCAGUGGACUCUUCAGCGACCAAUGAAAUUAGCCACCUCUGCCCGAAACCCCGCCCCUGAUAGCUGGGAUUGGAGGGAACAUGGCGCUGUUAACCCUGUUAAGAACCAGGGUAUGUGUGGAUCUUGCUGGGCGUUUUCUGUCAUAGGUAACAUUGAAGGGCAGUGGUUCCUGAAAAACGGAACUUUGGAGUCAUUAUCGGAACAAGAGCUAGUUGACUGUGAUGGACUGGACCAAGCGUGCAGAGGCGGUUUGCCGUCAAAUGCUUACGAAGCGAUUGAGAAUCUUGGCGGUUUGGAGCUGGAGAGCGACUACUCCUACUCUGGCCGUAAACAGAAGUGCGACUUCACUAGCGGGAAGGUGGCCGCUUACAUCAAUAGCUCUGUGGAGUUGUCCAAAGAUGAAAAUGAAAUUGCAGCCUGGUUGGCUGAAAAUGGCCCCGUCUCCGUCGCUCUUAAUGCUUUUGCCAUGCAGUUUUAUAGGAAGGGUGUGUCCCACCCCUUUAAAAUCUUCUGCAACCCCUGGAUGAUAGAUCACGCAGUGCUUCUGGUGGGAUAUGGAGACCGUAAGGGAGUUCCAUUUUGGGCCAUUAAAAACAGUUGGGGGGAGGAUUAUGGAGAACAGGGUUACUACUACCUGUACAGAGGCUCCAAUGCAUGUGGAAUCAACAGGAUGGCUUCGUCUGCUGUUGUCAACUAA